CACGUUCACACCGUGUCCGGAAGUGCCGUGUAUGCUGAGCUUCUUCUUUUAGCAACAGUAGCUAACAGUUAGACUUUUCUGUUUCCCUCUCGACUUUAGCGUUUAUCGUGUUCAUGUUAAUUACAUUUUUCCCCCGUUUUUAUAUUUACGCGAAGUGAGCGGCGGCAUGUUUGAGUGACGUUCACCGUCUACAGGUUGACGUGUCGCGCGGCUGCGAACUUUGGAUAAGAAGCUAACUGGCAUUCCAGAUGGUUUAGUCAGUUAGCAGGCUAGUUAGCAGGCUAACAGGGUGACAGACUGUCAUGUUUACAUUUGUUAAUAUAGGUUUUUAAAUGAAUGUACAGACUUUACUUUACUUUUGAGCUGUAAAUAUGCUGCGGAUUAGAUUUACUUGUCAGACAGCAGCGGUGACAUUAACGAUGAUGAUGAUGAUGAGGUAACUGGAACAUAAAAUACUGGAACUGGACUUUCAGUGGUUUUGAUUUGAUUUCUUUUUUUAAAAUGGAGGAUAAAUACAGCAGCAACGUUCUGUCAGGAGGAAGACUGGGCAUGGUGGAAGUGCCUGAUUCCAGGUUAACCAGGUACAUAGUUCUGCUGGUUGUGUCAAAGGUCCUUAAGGCUCUCGGGAUCUUUGAAUCCUACGAUAUCCUCAAAGUUGUUCAUAUUGUCCAAUUCAUCUUUAUACUAAAACUAGGGAGUGCUGUUAUUCUACUUUUCUUCCAAAAACCUUUCUCCUCUGGUAAAGCCAUACCAAAAAGACAGUGGAUAAAGUUACUAAAACAUGCUGUUUUCAGCUGCAUCAUCUCUCUACUGGGAUUCUUUGGUCUCACUCUUUGUGGGCCUUUAAGGACCCUCCUGCUGUUCGAGCACAGUGAUGUCGUGGUCAUCGCUCUCCUCGGUGUCCUGUUCACAAGCUCAGGAGGGGGUCCGUCCAAGACCAGAGGUGCUGCCCUCUUCAUCAUCGCUGUCAUCUGCCUCCUCCUCUUUGACAACGAUGAUCUCAUGGCAAAAAUGGCUGAACACCCUGAAGGACACCAUGACAGCGCGCUCACUCACUGCCUACACACCGCCAUUUCACUUUUAGGGGUUGCAGAUCACAAAGGCGGAGUUGUGCUGCUGGUGGCGUCUCUGUGUCUGAAGGUGGCGUUCCACUCGGCCUCCAGGAAACUGUCAGUGGAAAUCGGCGGUGCUAAACGUCUCUACGCCCUCGACAACCUGGUGUCUGCCGUGGUUCUGCUGCCCUGGGUCGUAGUGCUGUCGGUGACCACCGAUAGCAAAGUGGAGUCGUGGUCGUCGCUCGUGCUGCCGUUCGGGAUGAUCAUCUUCUCUGUGAUGAUCCUGGAGUUUUACGUCGAGGCCGUCUGCAACGCCAAGAUGGAGACUCCCCGGUGUGCCCGCUACGGCGCCGCUGCGCUCUUCCUCAGCGCCCUGCUGCUGGCCAACUUCUGGACGCACCCGCUGACCGACCAGCUGCGCUCCAUCGGCAAACCGCCCCAGCAGGUCAGCACGGAGCACGUGCUCUCCGGAGGAGUGAUCGUCAGCGCCAUCUUCUUCAUCAUGUCGUCCGGCAUCCUCUCGUCUCCGUCGAGGAAAGGUCAGAAGGGCACCCUGGUGGGUUACUCGCCUGAAGGCACGCCGCUGUACAACUUCAUGGGCGACGCCCUGCAGCACACGUCGCAGUCCCUGCCACGGUUCAUCAAAGAGUCGCUGAAACAGAUCCUGGAGGAGUACGACUCCAGACAGAUCUUCUACUUCCUGUGUCUCAACCUGGCUUUUACCUUUGUGGAGCUGUUUUACGGCGUUUGGACCAACAGUCUUGGACUCAUCUCUGAUGGUUUCCACAUGCUCUUCGACUGCUCUGCUUUAGUCCUGGGCCUGUUUGCUGCUCUCAUGACUCGCUGGAAAGCUACCAGGAUCUUCUCCUACGGCUUCGGUCGUGUUGAGAUUCUGUCUGGUUUUAUCAACGGUCUCUUCCUGAUGGUCAUCGCGUUCUUUGUCUUUGUCGAGUCCGUCACUCGUUUGUUGGAUCCACCAAAUAUCAACACAGACAUGCUGACUCCCGUGUCAGUCGGAGGAUUACUGGUCAACCUGGUGGGCAUCUGUGCCUUCAGUCACGCUCACUCCCACGGCGGCAAAAGCUGCUCGUCACAUGAACAGAGCCUCUCCCACAGCGAGCAUGGCCACUCCCACGGAGGAGGAGGAGGAGGUCACGGCCACUCCCACGGAGGAGGAGGUCACGGCCACUCCCAUGGAGGAGGAGGAGGCGGUCACGGCCACUCCCAUGGAGGAGGAGGAGGAGGAGGUCACGGCCACUCCCAUGGAGGAGGAGGAGGUCAUGGACACUCCCACGGAGGAGGAGGAGGUCACGGACACGCCCAUAGCUCAGGGGGUGGAGGCAUGAACGCCAACAUGAGAGGUGUUUACCUUCACGUCCUGGCCGACACGCUGGGCAGCGUCGGCGUCAUCAUCUCCACCAUCCUGAUCCGGCAGUUUGGCUGGCUGAUUGCUGACCCCAUCUGCUCGCUCUUCAUCGCCACGCUCAUCUUCCUCAGCGUCAUCCCUCUGCUGAAGGACGCCUGUGAGGUUCUGCUCCUGCGAACACCGCAGGAAAACGAGAAGGACCUGAAUAUUGCGCUGGAGAAGGUGGAGAGGGUGGAAGGAGUUCUGUCGUACAGAGACGCUCAUUUCUGGAGACACUCGGCCAGCGUGGUCGCAGGAACCAUCCACCUGCAGGUCAUGCCCGACGUGGUGGAGCAGAGGAUCGUCCAGCAGGUGACCACCAUCCUGAAAGACGGUGGCGUGAAUAACCUGUCGGUGCAGGUGGAGAAGGAGUCGUACUUCCAGCACAUGUCAGGACUCAGCACAGGUUUCAACGAAGUCCUGGCGAUGACGCAGCAGAUGGAGGUGAUGAAGCACCUGAACGACGGCACGUGCAUCAUGUGAUCUCUGUGCUGUGUGUGCGCGCUGUGCGUGGGACCAAAACAAGACUUUGUGAUUCUGUUUUUUUUCUCUCUCCUCUGAUAAUGUACAGUGUAAGUAUGUGGUUUAAAUAAAUCUGAAUAUAUUGGUUUUAUCACAAAGUGCUGGAACUUCUUUCCCUUAAGAUCUCAGAAGGUUUAUAAGUCAUGUCACAGCAGCCUGAUUAUCCUGUGGAUGUGAUCAUGGUGCAUUCCAGUUGUAGUCACAAGUCGGAUUUUCUGAAACUGAGGGGACAGAAAGUCGUAGCUACCUCCCGAACCUCCACCUGGUGAGUACGAAUCCUUGUCGUACAAAUGCCUCCACUUUAAGUGUUACGGCACUUCUGCCUUGUUUAUCACACAGUAAAUAAUUAGUACAAAUAAUGUUUGUGUACUUCUGAGCAAAAUCGCACAAUACUGUGUUUUUAUCGACUGGUAUUUUGCGAACAGUAGCUAACAAGAGGUAUGUUUGAUGCCGCCGUUCCUAGUUCGGACCUCCGACUUCCAAUGUAAAUGGAACGCAUCAUAAUGACAUGUAUUACUAAAUGUUACCGAAACACAAACAACAGUUUUAUCGCAAAAAAGCCGUUUUCGCAUUCCUGUCGUACAAACACCUCUAAUUUAACAUUUCUGUCUUAUUUGUCGCAGUAAAUCAUUCGUACAAAUAAUGUCUGUGUUGCCGACGAUGGCUAACCCAAGGUACGUUUACGUCCGUGUAUUUUUCCGACUUCUCAAGGGAGCGGCAGCGUCAUCUCGGAGGUGACAUCGCUUGGAGUUCGGUCCUCCGACGUAAAUUUACUAAAUGUUAACGAAACACAAGCAACAUUUUUAUCGUAAAAAGAAAGUUUUCAGAUGAUGAACCUUGAACAUUUUUUUAGAAGCUUUGGUAGUGGCAUUUUUCAAAGUUCGCUAUUCACAUUUUUAACAAACACAGCAGAUUAAUGUCUGGAUUACGCCACAAAUUUGCUGAACUUUUUCCCUCCAAGAAAGUUCAGAUUUAUGUGUAAAUGUUUUUUGUUUUUUUUCAAUUUAAUUUACUAAACAUCUCUAGGAAAUAAUUUGUUUAAUUCAUUUGAAAUAUUAGCUGUUAAACAUAAGACGGUCACAAUUUUGCUCUUGUCACGGUUUUUGUUGUGCAUUUUACUUUUACUCGGAGGUCUCGGCUUGUGCAGCCUCGCAAAUCAAUUUUUAUAUUUAAUAUUGAGUUAUGAGUUGUUUCUGUCUGUUUUUGUUAUUUAUACAUCAUAAAUACAUGUUUUUUUUAUUAAAUUGUGGGCUAAAUAAACUGUUUCACACUUUUAUUUUGAA